CUCCCUCCCAACCCUCUAACCCUAAACCUCAAACAUGAGACCCAUCUUCGUCGUCUCCCUCAUCCUCAUCCUCUCGCUCCUCCACCCUCCCACCACCUCCGCCAACUUCGAAACCUCCCUCAAAUUCUUCUGCAGCCGCACCUCCUACUUCAACCUCUGCGUCCGAUCGAUCAAGGAAACAGCUCCCCGACUCAGAAGACUCAACGUCAACACCGUCCUCGCGGUCUUGAUGCGUGCCGCUGACGUCAAGGCUCGUGAGGGUAAGUCUUUCGCCCUCAAGCUCGCCAAGCAUUCUCGUUACAAUGCCAGAACGCGAGAGCUCCUCCGCGAUUGUGCCGAUUUUUACGAUACAGCGCUCGGGAAUCUCGCGGCCGCCGGCAGGGCCAUCAGAUCCGGCGAUGCCGGUACCCGAGACGCCAUGAUGAGCUCUGCCAUCUCGAACCUGGGGACCUGCGAGGAUGGAUUCAGCGAGUUCUUCAUCAAAUCGCCGUUGGCGGAUCGGACUAGGGUGCUCAAGUAUAUGGUCGACAAUUGCCUUGCCAUUGCCGGUAUGAGAAGGCCCUAAGGUUUCUUUUAUAUCCAGCUUCAAUCUUCAUUUAUGGAUGUUGUGGAAAUCAUGGCUGGUUCUUGUCGUUAUUAUUGAUGGUUUAAUUUAAAGAAAAG